AAAAGAGAUAAGCCAACUCAAGGAUGAACUGGCUGAGGAGCGGGACAGAAUUCAGAAGGAAACUCAGGAUAUGUCCUUCAAAAUUGAAAAAAUCCGGAACGAACUGGAGUUCAGCAGAGCUCAUAGAAAUGCAGUUACUAUCACUCUGGAUGAGAACUGCAAACAUCCCAGCCUCAUCAUUAAAGAGAAAAACAGAGUCAUGUCCUCCACCCAGAAAGACAUCCUGCCCAAAGCGUUAGUGGUAGCUACUGAAGGGUUUUCAGAAAAGAAACAUUACUGGGAAGUGGAGGUGGGGGACAAAUCAGAAUGGGAGCUGGGUGUGUUGUGUGAGGAGAUUAGAAAUACACUGAGGAGCAACACGAUGAAUACUUUCCCAAAGGGGAAUUUAUUCAGCCUACAGUUUUCUCAGGGAGAAUACAGCUUAACUGGUGGGAAGGGUGUAAGAACUUGCAAGCCCUGCAGCGUGGUAGGUGUUCUCCUGGAUCAGGAACUUUCAAAGCUUUCAUUCUUUGAUGUUGAAGAAAAGUGCCUUCUUGAUUCUCUCUCAUUUGAGUUUUCUGGGAAUCUGUACCCAUUCUUCAGUCCAGGCUCUGACGGCAAAUGGUUGGGAGUACGCCCAACCAAUGUAUACAUUUAAAACACAUUACCCUCUCUGUGACGUCCUUCACAGGGCCAGGAGGAGAUGAAUAAAUUAACAAUGUGAAUCACA